CAUUGCUAUCCUCAAGACAGACUAUCUCGCCUUUGCACAUAUCUAUUUCUCCACGAUCUUUACGAUACGCUCUUUACACUAUAAUGGCCAUCUACUCGCCUAAUGACAUCCGUCGCUCAAGCAUGAUCAUCGGCAACUUGACGUACCUCCAGCACACCUCCGAUGUUCUGCUUUCCAAGGCCUCCGCCCUUCGUGAAAACCACGGGCUCUCAGGCAAACAGCUGUCUCACGGCGUCCACAUCGUAUCGAUCGACGGCGUCGAGCGCGUCGUACCGGAUCGCCUUAAUUCUCGUCGGCUUUCCCUCGCUUCAAGCUUUCUGUCCAGCGCGGAAAACUCGCCCGCGUUCUCUUGCUCCGAGUUCUCGGACAUCUCCUCGCCGGCGACCACCUGCUCCGAGUUCGAAGCCUUCUCGCCAAAGCCAACCUGGACUCCCUCCGCUUCUCAGGUUGUCACGCGCUCUGGUCGAAAGCCUCGCCCUACGACGAUAUGUGCACCACCCUCACUCCGGCAGCAGGCUCGUCGUAGCAUCGGAUAUAAAAACUCGCAGACGCUCGAGUUCAAUCGCUACUCACAGCAAGUUUCGAAUGAUCAGCAUGGUCGCGUCCUGGACCUUGCGACGAAGCGGCCGGAAGUUCGGCGCACUGUCUCUGACGCCGCGAGCUCCCGCCCUCGAUUCUCAGGAGGCCUUCGACCCCUCUCGCUUGUCGCCAAGGCCGAUGUGGCUCCCCCUCCUACCGCCGUAUCUGUUGCAAGUCUGCGCCGGCAGCUUGUCCAGCGUCUCAAGCACCGCUUCAACAGGUCUACCGCUCGCGAACGACUUGCCUGGCACCUUCACUCGCUGCGGGACACUGUCGUCGCCAAAGUCAACGACUUCUACCCGCAGAGGGAUAUAGGCGAUCUGGAGGCCGACCUUCCCGGGCGCAACGCUCUCGAAAUUGUACGCGGCGAGAUCACUCCUAGACUGCGGUCUCUGCGUCUGUCCGGGUUCACGAGGACUAGCGCUGCUGUCGAGAGCGCGGAGGAGUCUAAACCUGCGCCAUCCGGCGGCUUUCGCCAGACGAUGUUCAGAUGGAUGAUGGAGUGGUUGUGGGACGGGGAGGCCGACUCGAUCGUGAAGACGUCCGCCGACGCGGCGAUCUACACGGCGAUGGCGAUGGUUUUGUGAGAUUUGUCUACUAAUUAGAUGGAGAUGGUCGCGGCGGUAUGGCGCUGUAUAAUUGGGAUCGUAAUCCUUAAUAGAGGGAGUAUACGUACUGUAUACACGGUUCAGUAGAUUGGGUACGGCCUAUAAUAUAGAUUCGGUCGGCACGGAUGUUCGUGUGCGUGGUGUCGUAGGUAGAUCAUGGACGCGCAUUAUUUAUCCACGCCUAUAUCCGGUAUGCAACUUCGCAGAGUCUCCUCGACCUUGCCCUUCUUGCCCUUCUUCAACAAUGUCUCCCUCGCCAGCGCUAUCGACGCCGUCAUGGCCGGCCCCAUCUCGCAUGCCUCCUCAAUCGUGACCGCCUCCUCGCGCGUGCAGAGCCGCUUGAUCGACGCCCACGCCCAGUUG